UCCAAUCCUCUCCCUCGUUUAAGCUCCAAAAAAAAAAACUCAAUGGCUUCCACACUUCUUGUUCCUCAACUUAUCUCUUCUCCCACGAGUCUCAACGUCGCAGUUCCAAGAACCUUUACCUUCAACACUCGUCGAACAGUGAAAUGCUCUUCAAACCCAGAACCAAAAGAUCAGUUCCUCGACCUCACACCUUCACCAGACUCCAUCAACACCACAAGCGCCGACAAGUUCCCCAUCGAGAAACGUAGAAGAUCCGAGAUCAUACGCGACAGGAAGCAAAGAGGGAUCGAGAAGCCUGAGCCACCGAACUUCGAGAUUGGUUGGAAGAGAACCAAAGAGAUAAACUUGGAGAAACCCAAAGGGUACGUGAUAAUGGACUUCUUGGAGAAGUUCGAAGGUUUAAUGGCGAGAGAGUUUGGUUCCAAGGAGCUUUUGGCUAAAGCUGGAGAGAUAGUUGCGGAGAGAGCGAGAGAAGAAGCUGAGGUUUUGAGAGAUGAAGGUGAAGUUGAAGAGAGGAUGGUGACCGAGCUUUUCAGGGUUUUGAAGUUGAUGGAGAUGGAUUUGGCUAUGGUUAAAGCUUCUGUUAAAGAAGAGACUCUUAGUGAGAGGAUUGAACAAGCUAGAGCGAGAUGUAGACAAGCUAUUCUUGUUGCUAAUUCUUUUUAAAACCCAAACUGUAAUAAUCACAAAGAUUUAUGAUUUUGUUCUCUAAGACCAUUUGGUUUUAAAACUCUUCAACUGUCUAUGAAUUGUUUAUAGUUUUCAUCUGGAAAAGAUCUUAACUAGUUUGGUUCUGUAAUAAAAAAAAAAACUCAUGCUUUUGUUUUCUAAGACCAUUUGGUUUUCAUAUCUACUUGUGCUGUCUGAAUUGUUUAUAGUUAAGAUCUUAACUAGUUUGGUUCU